UAUGUUGCAUGCUCUGGCCAGCAGCUUAUAUGAGCCCGUGGAGUUCUCUCAAAUGGUGCGUUACCGUAGAGACCACCUGUCGGGGCGGACCCUGCAGCACUUCCCCCUGCUGGACGACCUGCUGAAGGACGUGAGUGACGGCACGGCGCUGCUGUCCGUCGUCCACUUCUACUGCCCGGAGCUCCUCAGGCUGGAAGAUAUCUGUCUGAAGGAGGUCCCCUCCAUAGCAGACAGUGUGUACAACAUCCAGCUGCUGCAGGAGUUCUCUAACGAGUACCUGAACAGGUGCUUCUAUCUGAAGCCUGAGGACAUGCUGUAUUCUCCACCAGUGCUAAAGAACAACGUGAUGGUCUUCAUCGCUGAGCUCUUCUGGUGGUUUGAGAGUGUGAAGCCAGACUUUGUACAGCCUAGGGACCUUCAUGAGUUCAGAGACGUGCGAUUGCUCCUGCAGCCCAAGAGUUCAAGAUCUAAUAUUCCCAUCUCUAACGUCACCAAACGUAGUUUCCUGACAACAUCGAACUCUGCUGACAUGUUGACCACGUCCCUGAGCCCCGACCUCAGCACUAAACCAACGUCCCUAAGCCCGUCUCACUGUCUCCUGCCCCUGAGACAGAGACAACAGAAGGUGGCUGACGAGAGCUCUUCAGUGCUGAGAAACAGGUCCAACUCUCUGACACCGGACGGGCAGAACCAGGGCUCCAUCCUGGCCUGGCCCGACAGGAGGGGGAGGCCUCUCUCCGUGCAGGCUCCCUACGCCCUGCACUACCCUCUGGAGGAAGACGCUGACAGCAUCAGCCUCGCCCGCUCCAUCAGCAAAGACAGCCUGGCCUCUAACAUCCUGAGCACCCCCAAACACAUGCUGGGCCCCCAACACAGACUCAGCGGCCAAAGCCUGCUCAGCCACAUGCGCAUAGAGGACGAAGAGGAGGAAAUAGAAGAGGGAGAGCUGGUUGCUGUCACCCACCCUUCUGCAUUGUCUCGCCGUCGCCUUGGGAGUGACAUGGAGCAGGACGAGCUGGAGAUCCCGAGUGCAGCGUCCACCUCCAGGGUUUUGAAUACUCGUUGUUCUCCCUUUACACCCGAGCGCCCGACAGACAGUUACUAUCUGGAGCCUUUGAUGCCUACCACCCCUAAGCCAGCCAAAGAGAAGAGCAUCAGCUUGAAUAAAGAGGAGGAGAGCGGGGAGAGUCGCUUCAGAGCUGCUAGGAAAGAAGCAAGCAGCAUUCCACAGAGGAAAACCCCAACACCUGAGUCCAACAGAGGCAUCUUCACACCCAUACAGCUGGCAGAGUCAGGGAGAAUCAGGCCACCCACAGAGGGGUCUGCAGUCACCCCUCAGUCUGAGAAGAAACUCUCCCCAGGCUUUUUCCUACAUAUGUCAGGAGAGCCAGACCCCCACUGCCCUCUCCCCUCUGCGCUGGAUGUCAGAGACGACUCGGACUCUGACAUCGCAGACCUGGAGGAAGACGAGGAGGACGAGGAUCUGACUAAAGAGGUGGUGAAGAGAGCACAGGGGAUGUACUUGCAGGAGGGAGAGGUGUGUAAGUUUAGGGAGUUAGAGUGUGAGUCGGCCAAGCUGAGAGAGGACUCGAAGGUGAGCGAGCGGGACGAUAAGGAGGGGGGCAGCGGGCGCUCCAGCCCCUGCCUCAGCACCGCGUCCUGGGCCAGCAGCGCGUCAGGCAGUGCCAGCGUCAAGAUGACCAGCUUCGCCGAGAGGAAGCUCCUCAAACUGGGGCUCCGCGAGGAAUUCUCGAGCCCCAGCAGCUCUCAGAAGACCACCCCGGACGGGUCUGAGGUCUCGCCUUGCCCCCCCUGGCAACUGAGGAGCGACUACACCUCCGGCUGGCUCGCCAAGGAGCCCAGAUCUUUGCUGGGAAAGAACCUGGCGUUGAGUCCCCCCGUAGUGCCUUCAGAGCUGCUGCAGCUUCACAUGCAGCUGGAGGAGCAGAGGCGAGCCAUCGAGCACCAGAAGAAGAAGAUGGAGACGCUGUCGGCACGGCAACGGCUGAAGCUCGGGAAGGCUGCGUUCUUGAACAUUGUUAAGAAGGGAGGAGAGAAGAGCGACACACUUCCUCUGCCCCUAAAACAAUCCUCAGAAACAGCUGACAGGGGUAAAAUGAAAGCCCUGUUGUGUAAGGACGACUCCUGUCUUGAUGCUCUGAAGGCGAGGGAAACACAGGGAGGACAGAUGAGAAAGAACCGGUUGAACACCCUGUCCCAGGAUAACGUGGCAGAACCGGACCUGAAUGAGUGCUCCCACUCCAUAGACCUCCUCAACGACGCCAUCAGCUCCAUCCAGCAGCAGAUGAUGCAGCUGUCUCUGCAGCAGAACCUGCUGAUGAAGCGCGUGGUUUCACCUGCAGAAAAAACAAUGAAUCGUGCAGUUUCUCCUCCAGAGCCGCUGAGGAAAGACGCCUCCUCGCCUGCAGAACAGGAAGAAUCGAGCACUAGCACAACCCCCAUCACGACCCCCACCACGACACAAUCCACACCCUCUGCCUCGGACCCCAGGUCUUUUGCAGUUCACUUCGUAGAGAUCAGUGGCAGCAGCUCCACUCCGUCCCGCCGGCCGCCUAAACUCAGCUCAAGCCAGCGCAACAAAGCCUCGGAGCAAAAACAAAACAGAGAGAACAGCAAGGCGGCUUCUGUCAAGCCUAUUACUCAGCCCCCGGGAGGCAGAGAAGAUUCAGGGAGACUCCAGGAGAAGAGUGUUGAGGAGAAACCCAGGCCGGAGAGAAGCAUCCGGAGAAACAAAACCUUCAGAGUGGGCGAUGACCCUGAGCCGCGCAGCAGCGAGGAGGACAAUAACUGCUUCUUUGACUGUUCCUCAGCGUUUCCCUCACCAGAACUAGAGAACAAAGUCACCAACUCAGGGAAAGAGGCAGCAGAUAGGGAGGAGGCCGCCAGGGUCAAAGGUCAGCUGAUGGAGGUGGACCUAUCUGAGCUUAAGGAUCGGCUGGAGGAUGUCAGUGCAGACGUCACAGAGUGCACUGCAGAGGGAGAGCAGAAGAAUACGCUCGGUUACUUCUUCAAGGGAGGUCACCAAGUCCACCUCUCCAGACCCGAAGGUACACAGGCCACCUCCGGAGACCUCUCCUCCAGUGUCCCCCAGGUGGAGACCCAAGACCCGCCCACUGCCACGUGGCCCGUGCGAGACCUCGGUCGACUUCUAGGUCGGAGUCGAGAGGAAGUGGAGGAAGGAGACGAGGCAGACGCCCCUUCCUCCUCCUCCUCCUCCUCCUCCUCCUCGUCGCGGGAGGCGACCCGAGUCGAGGUCGUCGUAGCGAGGAAGUAG